CAAUUCCAACCAAUCAUUGCUGUUGAUAAGCAUAGUUGAGCUAGGCAAAUUAGGCAAUUGAAAAUUAACAUACACUCGUAUUGUUUCUGAACAGCCUCUGUGCUCAGUUUACGGUUUUGUGAUAUUUUAUAAUGUCUUCAUUGUGUUGUGGUAAUUUAUACGAGACUGCUCAGUCUGCGUUGGCCAAAAACGAUUUAAAAUGCCUUAAUGAGCUUUAUUCUCGUUUAUUGGUCGACGUUCGACCUAUGUUUACUAACGAGCAGCUGUUAGAUAGAAUUUAUGACCCCGACCAUACUCUGUGUCGAAAUUUUGGAGCUGAAAUAUAUGUGCCAAAGCACGCUCAUGACGGAAAGACUUGUACUGCAAUAAGAUCUGAAGCUUCUGGCAAUUGCCUCUACAGUUCAGCUUCCCUAGUUCUGGGAGAAAGUUAAGGGUAUGGAUAAUUCUGAAAUAUGUCAUUUGAUAAAAAAUGUAUAUAAACCAGAUAAAAAGUAUCAUUUUCCUAAAUCUAAUGGCAGAUCAUUUAGGCAUGAUUGGCUAGACCAGCAUGAAUGGCUUUGCUAUUCACCUUCACAAAAUGGUGCGUAUUGUCUAUCGUGUGUGUUGUUUGGCAAUAGAUUCCCAGGCAAGGCCAGUAAAGUAAAAAAGUUGUUUACUGAACCUCUUCAAGAUUGGAAGAAUGCUAAAUGCUCUUUCACUCAACAUGCUGGAAAAAGUAAAGGGAGGGAAGUCGGUUUGCAUGCAUCCACAUCACCAAUUUUUGAUGCUUUGCGUUCCCAAAUAUCAGGUACUCUGCAGCCUAUCGAGAUGAUCAUGGAUGCUGGUAUCAAGAAAGAAAUAGAACAGAA